AUGGCCUUGCUGCAGUGGAACAGAGGUCAGAAUGUAAAUUCGAGGAAGAAAAUUAGCCAGAUUAAGGAGAAAUUGGAGCAGAUGGGAAGGGUUGACAAAAUCUGUCAUUGUUGUGGGGAUGCGGACGAGAGCCUUGAACAUCUUCUAUUCAACUGUGAAAAGGCUAAAAUGUAUUGCGAAACAUCAUAUGUUCCAGCAGGGCACAGUAGUAGUAUAAGGGGAUCGGAUAUUAAAACCAGUAACUUGUCUGAAAUCAUUAAUCAGAUUCUUCCCCAGAAACAAAACUACGACACUAACCAAAGAAUUAGAAUUGCCUUCCACAAUAUUUGCUUUGCCUUCAUAUCAAGUAUACGUCUCAAGAUCUUUUUACCUGAAAAGUAG